UAAAACCCGAACGAAGCUGAAGUAUAUACAAAGUCGCAUAGAAGACACCCUGCUAUAAAGUUGUUUAUCACAAUAUUAAAUAAAAACAUCAAAUUCAAAAUGGGUUGCAAAGAAUGCGGAACUAACUGCCAGUGCUCAGCCACCAAAUGCGGCGACAACUGCGCCUGCAAUCAGGAAUGCAACUGCGUCUGCAAAAAUGGACCCAAGGAUAAAUGCUGCUCAAACAAAAAUUGAUAAUAUGUUUUAUCCUUGAAUUGCAAAAUAUGAUUUCAAUAAAUUGAAUAAAUAGAUA